AUGAGCUUUUUGAAUAAGUGGAAGCCAGGAGUGGCCGGCUCUUUGGCCAACGGAAGCAAAGAUGUGCAAAAGAAGAAAGAGGAGCCAGCGCCGGAACCGACACCUUUGGAGAAGAUGCUCGAAUAUGCAGGUCCGCUGAGGACAGACGGAAGUGACAAGUAUUUUGGGCUGGAAAACUUUGGAAAUACGUGUUAUUGCAACUCGAUAGUCCAAGCCCUCUAUUAUACCACGCCCUUCCGAGAACACGUCCUGUCAUACCCCCCGCUCACACCUUCCGACACACCCGGCGACGGAUACAAGCCAAAGGUCAAUAUCGUAGUGCGGACGCUUGCUGAGAAUGUCGGCGCGACGGGACCAAACGGCCAAAAGCCUCUGACGACGGCAGAAGCUUUGGCAAAGAGGAAACAAAUCAAUUCGGGACAGGCCCCUCCACCGCAAGGCGUCAGGCCAGAGGACAAGCCAGACACUCCGGAAUACAAGAAGAAACAGGCAAUGCUCAAGGGCCCGAUAUUAGAGUUAUCCCAAGACAACCCAGGUGCUUACGGCAUGGAUGAAUGCUCUUUUACGGGCUUGCGCGACAUUUUCAUGACUUUGGUUGAAACCAACAGCAGGACGGGCGUCCUCAGCCCUCAGCGCUUUCUCGAGAUUUUCAAACGCGACAACGAGAUGUUCCGCAACUCGAUGCAUCAGGAUGCCCAUGAGUUUUAUGGAUUGGUCAUCAACGACGUCAUUGCCAACGUCGAGGCCAAUGCGCGCAAGAUGUACGAGCUGGAGGCGAUGCGCGCACAAGAUGGUUUAGUGAAGUCGGUUGAGUCGGCAUUGGGAGCGUCUGUCGCGCGCGCAUCGAACGGUGUCAACUCGCCAGGUACCGGUUGGGUUCACGACAUAUUCGAGGGCGUACUAACAUCCGAGACAAAAUGCCUGACAUGUGAGACGACAUCACAACGAGAUGAGACUUUCCUGGAUCUGUCAAUCGAUUUGGAGGAGCAUUCCUCGGUAACGUCAUGCUUGCAGAAGUUUUCGGCAGAAGAAAUGCUUUGCGAGAGAAACAAGUUUCACUGCGACCAUUGCGGCGGCUUGCAAGAGGCAGAGAAGCGGAUGAAGAUCAAGAGGUUACCGAAAGUGUUAGCGCUGCACUUGAAACGCUUCAAAUACACCGAGGAUUACAGUCGCCUGCAGAAGUUGUUCCAUCGCAUCGUGUAUCCGUACCACCUGCGCAUGUUCAACACAACCGACGAUGCAGAGGACCCCGACAGACUGUACGAACUGUACGCGGUAAUCAUCCACAUUGGUGGUAACGCCUACCAUGGCCAUUAUGUAUCCGUCAUCAAGACAGAAGACAGGGGCUGGUUGUUAUUUGAUGAUGAGAUGGUUGAGCCCGUCGACAAACAUUACGUGCGGAACUUCUUUGGCGACAAACCUGGCAUGGCGUGCGCAUACGUUCUUUUUUACCGGGAAACCACGUUCGAAAAGGUGCGGGCCGAGCAAGAGGCUGAAGGUCUAGAAGAGGUCCGGAUAGCUAGCGAAAAGGCCAAUAUCGCCUCGGAGGAGAACGGCAAGCCGAACGGUCACAUCCAAGCAAGCCUGUCAAAGCUAAACACCCAGCCCAUCUCACCAACGGAGGAGCAUGCUCUCGCAAACCUGGACCAUGCAGCGACUGCUCCUGAGGUGCCCACGAGCCCACAACAGGAAGUGCCAAUAACCCAUUACGACACGGCUGUCCCCCGUGCCUCUGCCGGCUUUCCCCGACCUGAUACCAAGGUGGAUAAAAAAGCUGAGAAGAAGGAAGCCAAGGCCGCCGAAAAGGCACGCAAGGCAGCAGAAAAAGAAGAAAUUAAAACCAAGGAGAAACAACGUAAAGAGAAAGAGACGCAGCUCAGAGAGGCUCGCAAGAACGAAGCUGACGAGUUGAAGAAAGCGUUGGAGGAAAGCAAGAAGAUGACCGACUCGGAACCCGCUGCAGCUGGUAGUUUGAGCAGAUCCCAUAGGGGCAGCAAGUCCAUGUCAAGAAGGAGCUUUGCCUUCCUGGGUAAGGACAAGGCCAGGCGUGACAGCGUGGAUGUGCCAGUACCCAGCACUCCUACUCAAGCGACAAACGGCGAGUUUGGCAACGGGUCAAACGGACAGCCGAGCACACCAUCCAAGGUCAAGGAACGGUUCAGCUUUAGCCUUGGGCGAAAGAAGAGCACAAUCUUGUCAUGA